AAGCCACGUGUCACGUGGACGUUUAUAAAAAUAUAAGCACAAGAAGAAAGAGCUCAGAUCCACUCACACCUCGUCUCCACCGUUCUAAAAGCGAUUGAAAGGGUUAACAAAAAUCCAAAACAGACGCAAGGGCAUAACCGGAAAAUCACUAAAAUGGCCGCCGUCAGUAGCUCAUCAGAAACCGGAGGCGGUGCCGCCGGGAAGGGAGAGAUCAUGUUGUUCGGAGUCAGAGUCGUCGUUGAUCCGAUGAGAAAGUGCGUGAGUCUAAACAAUCUGUCUGACUACGACAAGUCUUCACCGGAGGAAGAGAACGAACCGGAUGCGAUAACCGCCGCAGGUUACGCCUCCGCCAAUGACGCCGUCCAGAUUACACCCUCCACCGUCGGGAAUCGCGAGAGGAAACGAGGAGUAGCGUGGACGGAGAGUGAGCACAAGAGGUUCUUGCUUGGUCUGCAGAGAGUAGGGAAAGGAGAUUGGAAAGGGAUAUCGAGAGACUUUGUCAAGACCAGGACGCCUACUCAAGUUGCUAGCCACGCUCAGAAGUACUUCCUCCGGAGAACCAAUCUCAACCGUCGCCGACGAAGAUCUAGCCUUUUCGAUAUCACAACCGAUACGGUCACAGGAAUGCACAUGGAGCAAGAUCAUGCUCAGGAAAACUCAUCACUGCCUGAAACUAACAUCAGCUCUGGACAUCAAGUUAUGCAAGUUUUUCCGACAAGAACUGAGGAGAAUGCACCACAGACAUUUCAUCCCAACGAUUUAUCCUCAAAUCGUGUCCAUCCGGUUCCAGUAACCUUCCAAGCAAAUCCUGCUUUCAAUCUAAACACAGAUGCUGCUCCGGUUUCUCUUAACCUGUCUCUGUCCUUUAACCUCAACGAACCAUCCAACUCGAGACGUUCGGCUUUCACGAUGAUGCCAAGCUUCAGCGAUGGAGAUAGCAAUAGCAACACCAUUAGAGUUGCUUAGACUUAAAAAGCAAGGUGAAUCUUUAAGACCUUGCUUCUUUCUUUUGUUUCUCUGUUCUAGUAGUACAUACUAGGUCUAAACCCUUAGUCUUGUUUUUGAUGUUACUAUGUCAAAAACUGUUAUGUAUUCUUGUCUGAAAAAGAAUAAUCAGGGGAUAAAAAGAAACAUGGACGAACUGUGUGUGUUUAUUGUUUGUAAAAAACUCUGUCCUCUGUGUUUUGUUUUGUGGUAAGCUAAAACAAGUCGUGAUUGUCAUGUGCCCCAUUCUCAAUGGGGCCUUUUUUCUAUA